AUGAAGUUACAAUGGGUUAAACUUCUGCUUGCGGUCUCUCUUGAAGGUGUCAAUGCUGUGAGCACAUUCAUGCAGGAGGCGAUGUACGGAGAGCGCGUCUCUGGUUAUGGCCCUCUUGACGAGCCCUCGUGGGUACCAUCAUUCUACGACGAAUCGCCUCCAUAUCAGGGUAUUCGGAUUGCUCGCACAGAUUGGAGCUUGACAUGCAGCAGCUCUAAAAGCCAAUACCCAUGCGAGAAUAUCAUCGACGGCGCUAAUACCAGUUCGUGGCGAAGCAACCCCGAUCCAAAGGGACAUAGCACCAUCGUCGACCUGAAAAGGCACUACACCGUCAGCGCCCUUGUUGUUUUGCCUCCAAUUGACACAGGAACCCAAGGAUUAAUUACCCAACACGAAAUCUAUGUCAGCACCAACAAUGCAGACUGGAAGGGUCCAGUCGCAUACGGAAUGUGGCCUACAACGAACAGACCGCGAUUGGCUGCUUUUGAGCCCAUUACUGCCCGCUAUGUGAAGCUCAACACUAGCUCCGAGGCCACAGAGUCAUCUUGGAUCGGGAUAUCCGAACUUAACAUUUACGCGACGCAAUACACUAUACCCCAAGACCCGAAACUUGGUGUCUGGGGUCCAACCCUCAAUUUUCCGAUCGUGCCCGUGUCUGGUGCUCAAGAGGCCUCCGGCAACAUUCUGCUGUGGUCAUCGUGGGACGAUGACCAAUUCCAUUCCACUCCAGGGGGCAAAACAGUGAUGACUCAGUGGAACCCUUUGAGAGAUGAGGUGUCCAAACGCAUCGUUUCCAAUACCCAGCAUGACAUGUUCUGCCCUGGUAUUUCCAUCGAUGGUACUGGCAUGAUCAUUGUGACCGGAGGCAACGACGCAUCCCAGACUAGUCUUUACGAUCAGGCCAACGACGAGUGGGUGCAAGGCCCAGAAAUGGAGCUUCGACGUGGAUAUCAGGCAUCUGCAACUCUCUCCGAUGGGCGCGUUUUUGUCAUCGGUGGCUCUUGGGCUGGAGGAUCAAACUUUCCAAAGGAUGGAGAGGUCUACGACCCUCUCUCCAGGAACUGGACCCUCCUCCCCGGUGCUAAAGUCAAGUCCAUGCUGACGCAAGAUAUGGAGGGACCAUGGAGGGCUGAUAACCACGGCUGGCUCUUCGGCUGGAAAAAGCAAAGCGUCUUCCAAGCCGGCCCUAGCAAGCAAAUGAAUUGGUACUUCAUGAGUGGGGAUGGCAGUGUCAAGGGGGCUGGAAACCGGUUGAAUGAUGAUGACUCCAUGUCUGGAAACGCCGUUAUGUUUGAUGCUGUGGCGGGCAAAAUCCUUACCGUCGGGGGCUCAGAGGACUAUGACAAGUCCUGGGCCACGAACCACGCGCACAUCAUUACCCUCGGCGAGCCGGGCGCUGCCCCGGACGUGAAACCUGCCGGAGAGGUUGGAACCAUGCAUAGGGAGCGUGUCUUCCAUACGUCUGUCGUUCUCCCGGACGGAAAGGUCUUCAUUGCGGGAGGGCAGACUUUUGGCGUUGCUUUCAAUGAGGAAAACGUGCAGUUUGCUCCAGAGCUGUACGAUCCGGAAACCAACACAUUCACCGAGUUAACCGAGAAUAACAUCGUUCGCGUCUACCAUACUGUAUCACUUCUGCUCCCUGACGGUCGGGUCCUCACUGGCGGCGGGGGACUUUGCGGCAACUGCUCUGCCAAUCACUAUGAUGGCCAGAUCUUCACGCCGCCAUAUCUUCUUACCGAGAAUGGUGAGCUUCGGCCUCGUCCCGAAAUCACAGAGCGACUACCACGCUCUAUCCUGGUUGGUAAGAAUGUCUUCUUCUCUGCCAACGGUGAUAUUCGGUCUGCAUCCCUGGUCCGCCUCGGCAGUGCAACCCACACUGUCAACACUGAUCAACGCCGUGUUCCUCUGGUUCUUAAACGCAACACAUUCCUCCGAAAGUGGUCGGUCGCCAUCCCCAAGGAUCCAGGUAUUGUUAUCCCUGGAUAUUGGAUGCUGUUUGUAAUGGAUGCAAAUGGAACGCCUAGUGUUGCAAAGACGAUCUUGAUUACAUCAGAUGAAAAGGCCCUUGAGGAGAGUGAAUGUGAGCAAGGAUUCCUUAGACUGAUUUGGGAAAGUUGGAAGCCAACACUGACUUGGCAGCUUCGUCGUGGAUAA